CCGUAGGUGGCAGUAGGUAGCAGCAGGAGCUGUUUCAUUGGCCUGCUUUGGAUAAUGGAACAGUGAGAGGUGUUUCUUGUUGCACCACUGUGCUGUUAGGUUUGGUGGCAAUCCAGUUCGAUAGUCCCUGAUGUUCUGAGCUUAAAAACAGGCCGCAAGAGCUUGACUUUUUAGUUCGCUUCUCACCCAAUUUUCGGGAGAUUGUUUUCUGAAUCUUUUGCGAGAAUCACAGCUGGUGUGAUUCCAUUCAGCUCAAAUCUCGCCGCCGUCGAGGGCACAGCACAGCGCCGUCCAUGGCGAGCACGUCGAAGCAGGUGGCCGAGAAGGUGGAGAAGUGGAUGGCGUUCCCGUCCGGCGCCGACGCCGGUAGCUUCACCUUCCCGCCGGCGAGGUCGGGGUCAGGCGGGAAGGAGAUCGUCGAGGAGCAGACGUCGUCUCCGGGCGGCGGCGGCAAUAGGCAGCCCUCGUUCCAGCGCGGCCGCGACAGCGGCGUGGGCAGCACCAAGUCGUCGAUGGACGGGCGCGUCUCGGGGGAGUCGUCGCUGCCGCGGGUGUCGCAGGAGCUCAAGGACGCGCUGUCCAACCUGCAGCAGACGUUCGUCGUCUCCGACGCCACUCGCCCGGACUGCCCCAUCAUCUACGCCAGCGCCGGAUUCUUCACCAUGACCGGCUACUCCCCCAAGGAGGUCAUCGGACGCAACUGCCGGUUCCUGCAGGGCGCGGAGACGGACAUGAACGAGGUGGCCAAGAUCCGGGAGGCCGUGAAGGCUGGCCGGAGCUUCUGCGGCCGGCUGCUCAACUACCGCAAGGAUGGCACGCCGUUCUGGAACCUGCUCACCGUCACCCCCAUCCGCGACGACAACGGCAAGGUCAUCAAGUUCAUCGGGAUGCAAGUGGAGGUGAGCAAGUACACGGAGGGGCUGAGCGACAAGCGCAUGCGGCCCAACGAGCUGCCGGUGUCGCUCAUCCGCUACGACGAGCGGCAGAAGGAGACAGCGAUGUCGUCGAUCACGGAGGUGGUGCAGACGGUGAAGAACCCGCGCGCGCGCGAGCAAGGGGAACAAGAACCCGUGGAGCCACCGCCGCCGCUCACGCCAGCCAGGCCCAGCGACGCGGCUGUGGCAUCCCCGAUGGUGGCACCCGGCACGCCGUCCGGCGGCGGCGGCGGCCUCAAGUCCCCGCUCUGGGACCUCAAGAAGGAGGACGCGCGGCUGAGCCGGAAGAUGAGCGGCCGCGCCUCCCUCUUUGGGUUGAAGGUGGGGAAGAGGAGCUCGAUUGGUAACCAGGAGACGAUGCCCGCGGUGGCGGUGGAGGCGCCGGCACCGGCACCGGCACCGGAGCCGGACCCAGAGCGCAGGGACAGCUGGGAGCGCGCGCAGAGGGAGCGGGACAUCAGGCAGGGGAUCGACCUGGCCACAACGCUGGAGCGGAUCGAGAAGAACUUCGUCAUCUCGGACCCCAGGCUCCCGGACAACCCCAUCAUCUUCGCGUCGGAUAGCUUCCUGGAGCUGACAGAGUACACGCGGGAGGAGAUCCUCGGAAGGAACUGCAGAUUUCUUCAAGGGCCAGAGACCGAUAUGUCCACGGUCGACAAAAUCCGCGAGGCCAUCCGGGAGCAGAAGGAGAUCACCGUCCAGCUAAUCAACUACACCAAGAGCGGGAAAAAAUUCUGGAACUUGUUCCACCUGCAGCCUAUGCGGGACCAGAAGGGGGAGCUUCAAUAUUUCAUCGGUGUUCAACUUGAUGGAAGCGACCAUGUCGAACCCCUUAGGAAUCGUCUCUCUGAGAAUACUGAGCUACAAAGUGCCAAAUUGGUUAAAGCUACAGCAGAGAAUGUGGAUGAAGCAGUCAGAGAGCUUCCUGAUCCCAACUUGAGACCAGAGGACCUGUGGGCAAUACACUCGCUACCUGUUUCUCCAAAACCACACAAACGAUGCAACUCUUCUUGGAUUGCGAUAGAAAGGAUUACAAAAGCUGGGGAGAAGAUUGGCUUGAAGCACUUUAAGCCUGUUAAACCUUUGGGUUGUGGUGACACUGGCAGUGUACACUUGGUGGAGUUGCAAGGCAGUGGUGAAUUAUUUGCAAUGAAGGCAAUGGACAAAUCAGUGAUGUUGAACCGCAACAAGGUUCAUCGAGCUUGUAUCGAAAGAGAAAUAUACUCACUGUUGGAUCAUCCGUUUCUACCAACACUGUAUACUUCAUUCCAGACACCAACACAUAUUUGUCUCAUAACAGACUUUUGUCCUGGAGGAGAAUUAUUUGCACUGCUUGAUAGGCAACCCAUGAAAAUUUUCAGAGAGGAAUCUGCAAGGUUUUAUGCUGCGGAGGUUGUAAUCAGUCUUGAGUAUCUCCAUUGCCUUGGAAUUAUAUACCGUGAUCUCAAACCAGAAAAUAUUUUGCUCCAAGAGGAUGGGCACAUUGUUCUGACUGAUUUUGACCUCUCCUUAUUGACUUCUUCAAAACCCCAUGUGAUAAAGCACUCAACUUCAAGACGAAGAAAAUCUAAAGAAUAUCUCCCCCCAACAUUUGUUUCAGAACCUGCCACUCCAUCGAAUUCAUUUGUUGGAACUGAAGAGUACAUAGCUCCAGAGGUCAUCACGGGUGCAGCACAUACAAGCGCCAUUGAUUGGUGGGCUCUUGGAAUUCUCUUGUAUGAGAUGUUGUAUGGACGUACACCUUUCCGAGGAAAGAACAGGAAAAAGACAUUUUAUAACAUCCUGCACAAAGACCUUACAUUUCCUAGUAGCAUUCCGGUUAGUCUUGCCACGAAGCAAUUAAUCCAUGGACUACUUCAGAGAGAUCCCUCUUCUCGAUUUGGUUCAAAUGCUGGAGCAAAUGAUGUCAAGCAACAUCCCCUUUUUCAAGAUAUAAAUUGGGCACUCAUUCGUUGCAUGAGCCCCCCGGAGCUUGAUGUUCCGUUGAAACUAACUCGCAAGGAAUCUCAGCCAAAUGCGAAGCCCAAAGAUGGUCUUGCUCAAAGUAUCGAUACAUUUUAAGGACAGAUUGUACAACGUACCCACCUGGCAGGAACGGUUCUUCUUGAGCAUGUAUAAUAAUAAGAGGCUGCAUGUGCUGAUAGAAGGAAUUACCAUGUUCAGAGUUUCAGCCUGAAUUGCAUUAGAGAUCGUGUACAUGAGUGAUUCUUUUGGUUAUAUUAAGUUAUUAAUGUAUCACAUAAAUAGGAUUAAGUUCUUGUAAAUGUACCACUCUUUCUUCUAAUGGUUCAAUAAAACUCAGUAGGUAUUGUUUAUGAUA